UUCAGUCUUUAGUAAAAAAUCGGACAGCGAACACACGACGGCCCGGCGAACAGAAUUGAGAAGUGAGCGAAGAACGAACAAAAUAUGACAACGAAGCACAAAUACAGCAGCAGCAUAAAACGACUAUAAAACGAAACAGACAUUAGGAAAAACGAACUUAUAUAAGCAAAUAUUUACGUAUACAAAUACAUAUAUGCAUGUACUCGUUCUGUAUAAAGUGACAUUCGGGUGUACAGAAAAUUUCGCCAAGCAAUCAAAAUAAAAACGAUCGUGCGCUUUAUUGAGUUCAAUUAUUACAAAUUUUUAUUAAAAAUUAAAAAAUUAAGUAAGAUAAAUAUCGCGAUACCGACAAAAGAGAACCAAAGAGAAAUAGACUGGGUGAGAUUGAGAGAAGAGAGAACAGAACGCAAUAAAAUACUUGACUAUACUCAUAUCGGAGUUACCAAACAAGAAACUCAACGAUACUAACAACGAAAAGGUUAAGAAUAUGAACCAAACGAGACGAGGAAUUGGCGGCCUCGCACUUCCGGUGCUGCUAUUGACCGUGCUGCUGUUUGUGGCACAAGCCGAGAGUCGACCUUCGACGGAAAAUGAGUCUGAUAUUGCAUCUUUGCCGCCGAAAGCGGAUAAUGUGGAGUUGCAUCGUGUUAAACUUUUGGACGGCACCAUGACCGAGGAUCAUCCCAUUAUCAUGUACAAAGAGGACUUUGUCAACGAAGACUAUGAUCCCACCAAGAAUCAGACCAAAGGAAGCCAUCGUCGGACCUACAAGCAUCUGCAGCGUAGACGUCAUCAUCACAGUCACAGUCGACUGCCUGUGGAGAAGCAACAGGAGAAGAUCCUCUUCGAUGUGCUGCCCGAGAAGCCAAUCUUCAUUGGAGAUGCUGACGAUGACGCUGACGUUUAUAACUUUAAGGCCUCCUCGUUGCUGGAACCCACAAAGGAGGAAACGUUGCCAAAGUAUCCCAAGAAGUAUCACAGUCGACAGCGUCGCCAGACGUGGGGUUAUUCCUACGCUCCCCAACAGCAGCUACAAUAUCAUCCACAAUCGGGACCAGGACGUUACUAUUUGCCAGCCGAGCCUGCACGUAAUUACCAGCGACAUCCAGCUCGUGGCAAGGUGCCAAAUUAUCGCGGACCGCUGAACAUCUGGAGGAAAACGAAACCUGUUAUGCCAGUCAACAUAAACAAUCGUGACACCUUCCCCGAUUAUGAAGAUGAUAACAGUCUGUUCCACAACUCGAAUCCCGCUGAUGCCGAUUUCUCUGUCUUCAAUCGUCCCAGACCUGGCAAUAACAAUAGCGGCGGAGGCAGCAGCUCCAGCUCCAAUAGCUGGCAAUCCCCUCCAUUUAAUGGUUGGCAAUCGCCACCAGUGGAAGUGUCGGAGCCACAACCAAUUUGGGGAGAAAGCACAACCCGUCGUCCCUCAGGAGUCAGUAUACAGACCACAAGUGCGCCCUCAAUUGCCACACGGCGGCCGCUGACAACAACAACACAGCCACCAAGGCGGGAGACGGUGACCAGUGCACCUGGAGGCGGAAUAACCACUCCCAAGGUGUCCAACUGUGUCUGGGCCAUUGUCAACUGUUGUACGGACGGCAGCACGCAGAUACGUUAUAGCUGCUUUGAGGAGUUUGGCUGCCACGGAGCCUUCUGGGGCAUCAAUCCCUGUGCGGACAAUGUGCGCGACAAUGCGAUUGCCUCAUUAACGAGAUCCUUCUCAAGCGGUCCUCCAUCUCUCGGCAAAUAAUGGGAAUGGGAAUCUCAAUCUCAUUCUCUCCGAUUGCUUUACUAUGCCGGCUGUGCUCGCAUGCCGUUAAAGUAUUUGGAUUUGCUAAAUGCAGGAAAUCUACCACAUUAAUUUAUUCUAAACAUAGGUUUUAUACCCGACACAGUUAAUUAAAUAAACAAGUUUUAUUUGAUUCAAAUUCAAA